CUUCUUCUUCACUCUCAAAACUCUCAUUCGUUUACAGCAUAAACCCCGCCAUGUCCCUAAAACUUUUCAAAUCUCUCUAAAAACACACAAAAAACCAAAUCAAUAAAACCAUACCCAACUAUGUCCCUUUCCUCUGUCUCAGCUCGACUCACUCUCUUAGCUCUCCUCUCCGCCUCAACAUUCUAUUGCUUCUACGAAUCUCGCCGCUUAAGAAAACUCAAACUCUCUCUACAAAACCCUAACCCUAAUCGUUCCGUUUCGAAACCGAAGCUCUUCUUCGUUUCUCAAACAGGUACCUCCAAAGCCCUAGCUCAACGUUUAUUCGAUCUCUUAGCGAUAAACGAUCUCGCAUUCGACCUCGUCGAUCCCAAAGAUUACGAGCCCGAAGAUCUUCCGAAAGAAACCCUAGUUUUGAUCGUAGCUUCGACUUGGGAAGAUGGUAAAGCUCCAGCGAGUGCGAAGUUCUUCGCGAACUGGCUUGCGGAGAGCGCCGAUGACUUUAGGGUUGGGUCUCUGUUGCUCUCGAAUUGUAAUUUCGCGGUUUUCGGCGUCGGGAGUGGAGCUUACGGAGCCACAUUCAACUCGGUUGCGAGGGACUUUUCGAAGCAGAUGAGAGCGAUGGGUGCUAGGGAGGUUUUGCCUGUUUGGGAAGGAGAUGUGGAUAGCGGUGAUGUAGAUGAAGUGUUUGAUGCUUGGAGUGUUAAGGUGGUUGUGUUUUUGAAACGUGGUGGCGUGGUCGAAAAUGGUGGUGGAGAAGUUUUGGUUUCUGAGAGCGAUGGUGAAGAUGAGGAUAGUGAAGAAGAAGGCGGUGACGAGGGUUCGGAUAUUGUUGAUGUUGAGGAUAUUGCAGGGAAAGCGCCGUUGAGGAAGAAAACGGUGACAGUGGCUGAAACUAAUGGAAAGUUGAAUGGGAAAAAAGAUAUGGUGACUCCGGCGAUUAGAGCAAGCUUAGAGAAGCAGGGAUAUAAAAUCAUUGGUUCACAUAGUGGUGUGAAAAUUUGUAGAUGGACUAAGUCUCAGCUUAGAGGCCGAGGAGGUUGCUACAAGCACUCAUUUUAUGGAAUUGAGAGUCAUAGGUGCAUGGAGGCAACCCCUAGUUUGGCAUGUGCCAAUAAAUGUGUUUUCUGUUGGAGACAUCAUACAAAUCCUGUUGGAAAGAGUUGGCAGUGGAAGAUGGAUGAUCCCUUAGAGAUUGUGAAUUCUGCCAUAGACCUGCAUACAAACAUGAUUAAGCAAAUGAAAGGAGUUCCUGGCGUUACAUUGGAGCGGUUAAUGGAAGGUCUCUCACCUAGGCAUUGUGCCUUAUCACUUGUUGGUGAACCAAUUAUGUACCCAGAGAUCAAUACACUUGUGGAUGAGCUGCACCGGCGGCAAAUUUCUACUUUCCUAGUAACAAAUGCACAGUUUCCUGAAAAAAUUGAAAUGCUGAGGCCUGUCACCCAGUUAUAUGUAAGUGUAGAUGCUGCGACAAAGGAUAGCUUGAAGGCAAUUGAUAGGCCACUCUUUGGGGAUUUUUGGGAGCGCUUCAUUGACUCCUUAAAAGCUCUCAGGGAGAAACAACAGCGAACUGUCUACCGCUUGACUCUGGUGAAAGGCUGGAAUACAGAAGACAUUGAUGCUUAUUCUAAGCUCUUUAGCGUUGGAAAACCUGAUUUUGUUGAAAUCAAAGGUGUUACAUAUUGUGGAACGUCUGCUACAUCAAAAUUGACAAUGGAAAAUGUACCCUGGCAUUCUGAUGUGAAAGCUUUUUCUGAGGCCUUAGCUCUAAGAAGCCAAGGAGAGUACGAGGUUGCAUGUGAACAUGUGCACUCCUGUUGUGUACUACUGGCAAAAACUGAUAAGUUUAAGGUCAAUGGCAAGUGGUUCACAUGGAUAGAUUAUGAAAAGUUCCACAACUUGGUGGCUUCUAGAAAACCGUUUAGCAGCGUGGAUUACAUGGCUGCCACACCAUCAUGGGCUGUCUAUGGAGCAGAAGAAGGUGGAUUUGAUCCGGGUCAGUCUCGGUAUAAGAAGGAGCGACGUCACAAAUCCAGCACUGACUGACCAGGUUAGACACUUGAAUUAGUUGAGUUGACAGGAAAAAUUUUAUAUUAAUUAUAGGUUAUAUUUUACUGCACUCUGGCUAACUGGCAAUUGAUGAGAGCCCAAAAGUCCAGGUUGAUGUGAUAGCAUGUUGCCCUUGUCUUUUACAUUUUUGUUUAUUUUUUAAUAAUAUGUUUUUAAAAUGUUACUUUGUAGUACCUAGUGUUUUGUCAAGGUUAUACUUUGUAAUUGUUUGGUUAGAGAGGUUAAUCAUUGCUCCACUUGUAUCAAAAUUCAAUUCAUAGAAAUUCAAUGAAAACAUUAUUAGUGGUUU